AUGCUCGCUUCUUGUCCUCAAGAUUUAUUCUUUAACAACAACAGCAACAACAGCAAUGAUCACAAAGACAAGAGAUCAAGACAUUUCCAUCACCAGUCAUUGAGAAAAGACUCCAUGAUGAGCACAAGCAGCGAUCUCAUGGUCGGAUUAAAUGCCAAUGAUAUGUCAAAUAACAUCAACAAUAAUAAUAACAAAGAUAAAGAAGAGCAAGUAUGGCCCCCAGAUGUCGAAUCUGCAUUUGUCGAAGCAUUGGAAUCAAUUCCUAAGCUGGGCAGAAGAAAGAUCCUCGUCAACGGAAAGCCUUGUGGCCGCAACGAGCUGAUUUCAGACUUUAUCUAUCGCAAAACUUGCAAAAUUCGUACAAGAAAGCAAGUAUCAUCCCAUAUUCAAGUAUUGAAGAAUACUCGCAAGGGAGAUUCGCAUUUCAUGCGUUUAUUGACUGAUUCCGUUGAUAAUGAUGAUAGCAAUAAUGCUUCCACAACAACAUCAGCAGCAGCUAAACCCAAGACUCGCCCUUCUCAUCCUCAUCAUCCUAUGCAUAUGCCAAAUCACCAUCACCAUCCCCUUCAACAUCAUCCCAUGGGUGUCAAAAUGAAGACGUAUAGAUCCAUUGAUUCCUUGUCAUCCGAUGACUCCUCCAUCAACUCGUCGCCUUCACCUACAGACUACAUAUUUGAUAUCAUGUACAAUGAUCAACAACAGCAGCAGCAAGUGCUUUCCAUGCUCCAAUUCAAAAAUGUGUAUGACCCCAUGCAGCAGUCUUUACUCGCUACUGCAAAUAGCAUGAACCCCCUUGAUUUAAACUUGAUGACGGAUCCAUUCUUUGGCUCUACAACUGCUAAUAACACAGAUAUCCUCACUACACCUUUGCUGGAAGAAGAGCAGCAAUUAGCCAUUACAGCAGCAGAGCAAGAACUAUUAAUCAAUAGCUUGGAUAUGCUCAAGGAUAAAUCAACCACAGAUAUCACCACCUCCAGUUGCUUGAAAAGAAAGUCAUUGCACGGUGAAGAGCAAGAGCAAUACCCCUUGUGGCCAAACUAUCUGUGCCUAUAUUUGGAAUAUGCCCUGCCUUACGAUCCUUCAUGUCGUCCAUUAUCGCACAAUUUAUCGCAACUGCCUCACUGUCACGCUACUGGCAUCCCCUCUGUUUCUUCCAAAGAGACAAUUUCCAAAGAGAAAUGCCCCAUCAUCUCCACCCUGGCUUCCCUCAACACACUGAUGGCCAAGACUAAGCUUGAUCUGAAUCUCUCUAUUGCAGACUUUGCAUUCAAUAAUACUUCGUUUUUUGAGACAAAAACCCGUCGCACCAUUGAAUGCACAACCACCAUUUACUCGUUUGGUAAUGUUGUGUUGGAAUCCAAAGAAGUACAACAGGCUCUCUGGGUCAACGAGGGGAAAUACAUGUACAGCUUUGUCUUUGUGAAUCAGUUCUUUGAUGCCUUUAUGAAGGGUAUCCGAUCGCUGCAAUCUUGGGAUGAAGUGGAUAUAGCCAUCAACAACCUGUGUAUCGUCCAGUCUUUUGAAGAUGUCGACUCCAAGGCGGAUCCUCUUCUUGUCAUGGUGUAUGAAUUUGAAAGAGGCAACGGUGUGAUGGAAGUGUCUAGUCUUGAAGACGACAAGCCAUCACAGCAAGUAUCAAACAAGGACGAAGCAGAUGACUUGGACUUUCUUGACCAUGAUCUAUAG